CUGCCAUGGUUUUUAAUGUACAAGCUGCUGCUUUUCCAAAAGGCCAAACGCAAGUGUGAUGGGACUUUUUAUGCUGUGAAAGUCUUGCAUAAGAAAACCAUCCUAAAGAAAAAGGAGCAAAACCACAUCAUGGCAGAACGCAACGUGCUUCUGAAAAAUGUCAAGCACCCCUUCCUUGUGGGCCUCCACUACUCCUUCCAGACCUCGGAGAAGCUUUACUUUGUGCUUGAUUAUGUAAAUGGAGGAGAGCUCUUCUUCCACUUGCAAAGAGAGCGUUGUUUCCGUGAGCCCCGUGCAAGAUUCUAUGCUGCAGAGGUUGCUAGUGCAAUUGGUUACCUGCAUUCCUUAAACAUCAUCUAUAGGGAUUUAAAACCUGAGAACAUCCUCCUGGAUUGCCAGGGACAUGUGGUGUUGACAGAUUUUGGACUCUGCAAGGAAGGAAUGGAGGAAGAAGAGACUACCUCUACGUUCUGCGGCACUCCUGAGUACUUAGCUCCUGAGGUGCUAAAGAAGCAGCCGUAUGACAGGACAGUAGACUGGUGGUGCCUUGGAGCUGUCCUCUAUGAGAUGCUUUUUGGACUGCCUCCCUUUUAUAGCCGGGAUGUGUCUCAAAUGUAUGACAACAUUCUCCACAAGCAACUCCAGAUCCAAGGAAGCAAGACUGUGGCAGCCUGUGAUAUCCUCCAUGGACUUCUCCACAAGGACCAGAAGAGGAGGCUGGGUGCCAAAACAGACUUUGUAGGUGGCCUCUCUUAUGAUUAGGAGGGAGGAUGGAUAAGAAGGCUUCCUACGACGAGCUUUAUAUAUGUUUAUGGUAACAGCACUGCCUUGGGAAAGGCUUUCCAUGUAGGUAGGUCUUUCCAGUUCCCUAAAAGAGGUAGAUGGGGUUGACUCAUUCCUGAAGGGAAAUGCUAUGAUUCAAGAUGUGGUGGCAAGCUAGAAUACCUGCAAUGGUGUCAUCUCAUCCCUUCAAGGUAUUACAGGACU